UUUUAUAAAGUGAUUUUCUUACUAUAUGGUUCAAAAAUCCCUUGUGAGCCUUCACCUUCUCAUAUACCAAAUACGCAUGCCAGCCGAAGUGGUUAUUGAAACCCUCUAAGUCCAGCACAUCUGUAUCUUUUAGAGUAAUCCAGUCCUUAAUCCAAACUAACCCGGCAGCCGCAUGAUAUAAUUCAAAACCAGGAAGGGCGAACCCACCUCUCUCCCUCUGCUGCCAAAAUUUCUUGAUAAAACCAUCUUUUUGUGUGAAGAUCCUGAAAUCCCGAUAGUUCCUGAGAGUGACUUGUGAAGGCAUUGGCACCUUGAAACUUUAUGUGUCCCAAGUUGUUUGUAAGCGUUACAAUAUUCAUCUGAGCUAACAUUACCCACACUUUAACUUUUAGUUGUUGUUUCUGGCACAAGUUUCUCUCUUUGCUCUUCAAUGUUCCAAAAGGUGCCAGUUGCAUUUCCUGGCUUGGAACUGACUGUUGAAGCAGCAAGAGGUUAGUCCUUUGUUGAUUGUUUUUGGAUAACAAAACCAUUCCCCUUUUCCUUUCAGGUGUGUGUUUGUGUUUCGGAGAGCAAAGGUCAGGAACUGAAAGCCACAAAAUAAAUUGAAAGUGUCAACAGUGUUAAAGCCACCCUUUCUUGGAAAAGGAGUGGUUGUGGGGAAAUCAGGGAGGCAGCAAUUCAACCUCAUUUUCAUGUGGAUACCUAUUUGGGCAUCUAGAAGGCCUUUAUUAACUAAAAAGCAUUCUUGAGGGCUUCCCUGGCAGAACAGCUACUUGGAAUUACCAUUUCCUCAGACUUAUCCCACUGCUGCAUCAAACCUCAAGACAGAAAUAUCAUGGUGUGGGAGCCUAAGAUCUGAAAUCAGAAACGAGGAACCUUUGGCCAUCCAGACAUUAUACCAACUGCAAUCAGACCUUGUAGGCAUGGCGAUGGUCAGCAGUGAUUGCAACUGUAGUCAGCAAAAACUGGAGGCCCACAGCUUAGUGUAUGAUUAACCAUUAACUGGAAAAAUCUACAGCAAGAACAACAGCAUAUCACUUUUCAUGCACUGCAAGCCGAAUCAUGAAUAUUAUUCCACUUUUAUGCGCCUUUCUCGCCAACUCCAGGAACAGUGCCAUUCACUUGCUGCCGUUCCUGAUUAUGAGUUAUUCAGCAGCUAGUAACAGUAUGAGCCCUUUGAUUGUUCUUGACCAAUAUGAGGGUAGUGGGAUCAGACUUGUCUGCAAAUCUGAGAAUGUGAGAUCUCCUGAGCUUCUGCAGCUGUCAUGGAUGGAUGGCAAAGGACAGGAACUUUCUGCUACUCCAACCACUCUGGGCAAAAGCAGCAUUGAAAAUUCUGUUCUUCUAGAAUCGGGUUCUGGGAGUGCUGUCUCCUGCAGAAUCACCAAUAAAUCUUCAAAUACACCAAUGGGAUCAACGUCUCUUGUAAUUGCAGAUAUCUUUUUCCCUUCCACCUCCCUCUGCAUGGUUGGCUUCUUCAUCAUUGCAGUACUUAUCAUCAAUGUCAUAAUUUUCACCUAUUUGAAACUAAACCACGAUCGUUGGAAGAUUGCUUUUUCAGAAAAUGAAACGUUAGCAUUAGAGGAAGAAAAAGCACAGCUUCAAAGGAAACUAGAGAAAGUAAAAGAAGAAACAGGAAAAGAAUUCAGGAAAGUGCAAGAUAAAUUCGCAAAAGCCGAGCAUGAACUAGAGUUCAGGAGGGCAUUGUCCUGUGCAGUCGAUGUCACUCUGGAUCCGAAAUGCACACAUGCCAAACUCACCAUCAAAGAGAAGAAUAAAGUCAAAUAUAACCAUUCCUCCUUAGAACAACCAAAAGAUCCCAAAGGAGCUCUGAUUGCAGUGGCAAAUGAGGGGUAUAGUAAGGGGGAGAUGUACUGGGAGGUGGAGGUUGGGCACAAAUGUGAGUGGGAGCUGGGAGUACUUACUAUAACUGCAAGAAACAGACUAGAAGAGGAGAUGCUGGAAAAGCCACUGGAGGAGGAAUAUAUUGGUAUGCGAUGGUUCCAGGGUAAGUUUCAUUGCACUGGAGGAAAUAGCCUAAUUGAUGGCCAGAAUGAAGAAUGUGAAGUUGUAGGUGUGUUUCUGGACAUGAAUAAGCAAGCGCUGUCAUUUUAUAAUGUCCAGAAGAUGUGCCCUAUUCUGUCAAUCCCUUAUGGAUUCUCUGAGGAAAUGUAUCCAUUCUUCAAUCCGGGGAGUGAUGAUAGGUUCUUGGAAGUCCGACCAAUAAGCAUCCCUAAAUGUUUAAUAUCCGUGUGAAAGAAAGUACUUCCAAUGUUUUCUACAUGUCACUGAGCCUUGUGAAAGGACUAGUUUACACCUGCUCCGUUGAUUUUGAUUUUUUUUUAAAACCUAAUAAAGCGCAGUUAUGUAAAUGCUCCAUUAGGAAGCCUAACUUUUGAAGUGCCUGUGUUACAAGUCAUCAUUGUUAGAUGUAGUUUCCAUCAGAUGAUAACCAUAUAUUAUUGAACCAGCCUACAGUGAUUGAUGGAGGGAGUUUUAUCAUGGAAACAGAAACCAAAGGGCAGGUAUCUGUUGCAGGUGUUACUAGAUCUGGUUCAGAAGAAGACAGAUUCAUUCUAGAAGCAGAAAAAAUGAUACCUCCUUCAUUCAGAGACAUUUGGGCUAGCUUUUUCUGUAUCGAUUUUGACCCUGGAGAGCACAUGCCACAAGUUAUUAAUGUGUCUUGUCUCUUCAGAUAUGCCACAGGUUUAGCCCCCCCCCCCCGAUUGUUGGAUUUUGUUUUGCAGAAUAUGCAGAACAUCCCACAACCUCAAAAGCACAAGAUACUAUAAACAUUUCUGAAAUGCCAAAUUUCAUGGAUAAAACUGUGAUCCUUUUCAGAAGAAAAUACAAUAUGAGACAAUAGAAUCUGGAACUUAAAAACUGCAGGCAUAUAGUAUAACUUCUGGGAUGGGCAACAAUAUUCCUCCUUGAAAAAGCUAUUUGUAUAGUUUAUUCUGAUCACAACAUUUUUAUUUAGUUCAGUAAUCCUAUUACUGGAAAUUAAAGAACAAUUACCAAGGACAGAACUACUUUUUACUAAAAAGAAUUGAGACUUUCACCAAACAUGACAGCCCUGUGUCAACUCGUUCUCACCCUCUGGAAUGUAUAACACAUCUUAUCCUAUAUCCUGUUGCCAUUAGCUCUCUCCAUGAGUUACUUUAGGGUGAGGAAUUGGAUCUACCCCGUGUACUGAAUCCUUACAUUUCCAACACCACCAGCCAACUUUGACAAAUGGGUGGGGCCACCUACUUGUCUAUCAUCUGACAUCUUGUGACAGUUUUUCCUUUGCAUACGGUACAUGAAUUUGAAUAAAUUUGCAAGCACAGAUGGUCACGUAUGACUUCAGAGGUAGGUCAGAUAGAUGUGGCUUGGCCACGUGGCUUUGCAGGCCAAAUGGGAAGUCCUAAGCUAGUUGUUCUCCAUUGGCUGCCCUACUUUUAUUUAAAGGACAAGCGUAGUGAAAGCUGCAAGGUCAUACAUUUAGAUCAGCCCUAAAAAACAACAACAGAGGUUAUAAACCAUGCAAGGAGCCUACACACGCAGAGAAACUUCUAAGUGCAAAAGUUAUGCUCAAUGUGGUGAUGGGUGGGCGGGAAUGAGGAACAGCACAACCUUUGAAGCCAAAUAUUAAGGGAGUCAAUGUAAAAGGGGGGGAAAUGUUGUUGUUGUUGUUGACAAAACGCCUUUUUCCUAAUGGAAUUAAAGGUGGCUUGCAGAUAAAACAAGAAUCACUAAAGGCAUAGAAAAACAAUAAUUAAAAACAAUUAAACAUUGAUAGAAUUAAAAUUAUACAUGUCUAUAAAAUCUGUUUAAAACAUGCAAAUAAUUACAAUAAAAACAUCACGACACCAGCCGUUUCAUUAAAAGCAGUCACUUCCCCAAAGCCUGUUGGAACAAGAAGGUUUUCAGCUGCUGGCAGAAAGACAAGGAGAGAGCCAGUCUAGCUCCUCUAGGGAGGGCGUUCUUGAGUCUGGGAGCAGCUACCAAGAAGGCCCUCUCUGCCAUGCCAGUGACCAAGGGUGCCAACUUUUAUAAAAUAUUAGAGGGAGAGAUAAGUCCCACCCAGCAUAAUCGAUCACAAGACACAACAUGCACACACCAUUUGGAUGGCUAUGCCCCUCAAACAUUUUAGGGGGGACGAAGAGAUCUUGACCUCUAGGAGUUGGCUCCUAUGGACAAGACCAUAGGAGCUGCACCCCGUCUCAAUCAGGACCUGCCCCCCCUCUUGGCUCUCAGCUUCAUCCCUUGGGGCUCACCAUUUCCUUCCUACUCCGCACCAUCCUGCUGACAUCUCCACUGUGGCCAUCACAGCUGUCACAGCUGCCGCCGCUUUGAAACCUACAACAACUCUACUUUCCAGCCAAUGUACUUCCAGAUGGCAGCCCUGCACUUCCUGAAGCUGAUACCUCAUCCAGAAAGAGAAAGAAAAGUGCUUCUGUCUUUUGGUUCCACAGUUUGGUGUGAGCCAACUGACUCAUGCCACAGUGUAAAACUAAAACAUGUGCGUCUGUCUGUCUUUUGUUCUGGCAUGGCCAGAGCAUGGGAGCCAAAAUGGAGCAUCCAGAACUGGGAUUCAGAAGCCACGGGGGCUCCUGUAAAUCCCGGAUUUCACACUUAAAACAGGACACACAAAAAUCCUUCCAGUAGCACCUUAAAGGUAAAGGGUAAAGGGACCCCUGACCAUUAGGUCCAGUCGUGGAUGACUGUAGGGUUGUGGCGCUCAUCUCACUUUAUUGGCAGAGGGAGCCAGCAUACAGCUGCUGGGUCAUGUGGCCAGCAUGACUAAGCUGCUUCUGGCAAAACCAGAGCAGUGCACUGAAACGCCGUUUACCUUCCCGCCGGAGUGGUACCUAUUUAUCUACUUGCACUUUUUUGCAUGCUUUCGAAAUGCUAGAUUGGCAGGAGCAGGGACCGAGCAACAGCAGCUCACUCCGUCGCGGGGAUUCGAACCAGCGACCUUCUGAUCGGCAAGCCCUUGGCUCUGUGGUGCAUGCACAAACAUAGUUGGCCUCUAAGGUGCUACUGGAAGGAAUUUUUUAAAUUUUGUUUCGACUAUGCCAGACCAACACAGCUACCUACCUGUAAUUAAAACAGGACAGUUGCACAGUAGGCACUCUGCUUCAGGAUAGCGUGUUUAGAGCCCUGUUGGUGGAAACAAGAUCUGAGACUCUUGGCUAAGAUGCCAAUGAGGUAUACAGGCCAAGAAGGUAGGAGCAGAAUUUAUUUAUUGAUCUGAACUAUGAAGCAACCAUAUCUUUUAGCUAUAAAACUACCAGGGCAGAAA